AGCAUAGUUUCAUAUCCAUCAGCGUUUCUAGUAACUCUUUUCAAGACCUUGUCAAUCCUAAACCAUGUCUUCUUCUAACGACAACAGUCUCUAUGAGGGCUGCAAAGCCUACCAAUCGAGUGUCAGCACCUCCUAUGGCUAUAUCCCGUCCGAAGCCGCUGGUAUCGCAUUUUGCGUCCUCUUUGGGUUAUCCAUGAUGGUUCAUGUCAUUCAAUUCUGCUGGAAACGGACGUGGUGGUGCAGUCUGUUUAGUAUUGGAUGCAUGGUGGAAGUACUAGGUUGGGCGGCUCGUCUUUGGGCAGCCAUAUGCCCCUACAACUCGACUGCAUUUAUGAUCCAGAUCUCCACGUUGAUCAUCGCGCCCACCUUCUACACGGCCGGAAUCUAUGUCCUCCUCGGCCGGUUCAUUCAACUCUUCGGCCCCGCAUCGUCGAUGCUCACCCCGAAACGCUACCUCUGGAUCUUCUGCACCUGCGAUGUGGUGUCUCUUGUGAUCCAAGCCGCAGGUGGUGGUUUGGCAUCCUCCGAGUCCGACGAAGUGAAUGGGGACACUUCGCUCGGCACCAACAUCAUGGUAGCCGGGAUUGUGUUCCAGCUGGCCUCGAUUUCCAUCUUCGUCAUCUGCGCCGUCGACUUUUUCCGUCGUUCGGUGCGCCUCGGUUACCGACAGGCGCUCGUCAAUGGACCUCUUUCAUAUCUGGUCGGCGCCAUGGUGUUUUCCGUGGUUUGCAUCUAUAUUCGCAGCAUUUAUCGGACCAUUGAGCUGGCACAGGGCUGGAGUGGGUACCUGAUCACCCACCAGACCUACUUCAUUGUGCUGGAUGGUGUUAUGAUGGUUCUCGCGGUGGCGGUUUUCAAUAUUUUUCACCCCGGGUGGCUGCUGCCCACGGACAUGGCCUUUGCGCUGCCGAAAGGCCAGGUUACUGUUGAAAUGGACGACGCCGAGGCACAACGGCUGCAUUCUAGCACUGAGUAUGCGGGGUAUGGACAUCGCUGACCGCCUAACUUGUUGCAUUGAGUUGUGCCUUCCUCUUUUUCUUGUUCUCAACUUGCAAUUUCCUUUGGCGCUUCCGGUUAGACAGGCGUACGUUUCUAUUGUUCUUUCUCAUCGUUCUAGAGCGUCCAAAUCUAUCUUCUUGUUGUACUUAGCGAGCUUCCACAUCCCC